AUGCAAUUAAUUCACUUCUUUUCGAUCCUCGCCGUCCUUAGUGGAGCCCUCAGCGCCCCCGCUCCGUCCCUCGACGACCACAAGCCGACCCCUGCUAAGCGCGACCCUAAAUUCCCAUUGAUUAAUAUCGUCUACGAAACCACGGCACCAAUCCCAAAACCGAGGCCAGAGCCACGCCCCAUUUAUGGUAAUCCAAGACCAGAGCCACGCCCAAUCCACUUUAAACCUAUUGUGCACCCAAAUCCCAUUAAUCGAGUCGCAUGGCCAGUUAUAAAGCCACGUCCACAUCCAACCCCCACCAAACCAUACGGGUGGCGAGGCAAUGGCAAGCUGAUUGGAGGGCGGUCUGCAGCUGCUGUAGACCCUGAUAAGCCUGUUCAUAUUUUACCUUUCCCCCAAUACACUGGCCCGCCGGUUACCGAGCAUCCAGAGGACCCAGAAGAGCAACCGGAGCCAGCGCCAAAACCAAAGCCGACCACGACCACUACUAAGACGACUACUACUUCUACCCCUAAGCCAACUGCAACUCCAGUGAAGAAACAUCAGUCAUGGAAAUGGCCUGCGAAGGUUAGGCCACCUUAUUACCGACCAUGGUACGGAGUUGGUGAUAAUUACGAGGGGCCCAGGGAAUAA